AUGUCAUCACGAAUUGAAUACCUCUCUCCCGAGGGUUUGCGAGUGGACGGAAGACGUCCUCAUGAAAUUAGAAAUAUAAAAUUUAAAUUAAACUUAUUCAGUAGGGCAGAUGGUUCUGCAUAUUAUGAACAAGGAAAUACUCGAGUAUUAGCAGCUGUUUAUGGUCCGAGAGAAGUCAAGAAUAAAUCACAAAUGAAAAACGAUAGAGCCAUCAUAAAUUGUGAAUAUAGUAUGGCAACAUUUAGUACAGGAGAAAGAAAAAGACAAUUUAAAAGAGAUAGAAGAUCUACUGAGAUAUCUGUUGUAAUUAGACAAACAUUUGAAUCUGUCAUUUUGACACAUUUAUAUCCCAGAACUCAAAUUGAUAUUUUCAUGCAAGUGCUGCAAGCCGAUGGUGGUACUAGAUGUGCUUGCAUUAAUGCAGCAACUCUUGCAUUAUUAGAUGCAGGUAUUCCAAUGAAAGAUUUUGUAGUAUCGUGUGCAGCUGGUUUUAUUGAGGGAUCUCCACUCACUGAUUUGAAUUAUAUUGAAGAUUGUGCUGAUGGACCUGAUGUUCCAAUUGCACUUCUUCCAAAGCAGGAUAAGGUAACAUUAUUGCAGAUGGAUUCAAAAUUAUCAUUGGAUCAAUUUGAAAAGGUAUUGGAGCAUGCGAUUGAUGGAUGCAAACAAAUUCACAAAGUCAUUGAUGAACAAUUGAAAAAGCAUACAUAUUCUCUGGUCAAUAAAAGAGGCUUAUUUUCUGCCUAA